UGUGUUUUCUCUAUCAUGACGACGAUAUGAAAUUGCGAUUGAUGAAAAUACUGACUUGGAGUUAAUAUCUAUGCUUUGGUUGAGAGUCAAACACCGGACUGCGACGACAUGAGUGGUUUGGAGGCGUUCCAAGCUUAAAUAUUUGUUGUUUCAGUCUAUCUUGGCCCUGAGGGUGCUGAUAAAGCCAUCAUGGCUGGAGAUACAGUGGUUCAAUUGUUUGCCUUAUGUGCUGCCUCUUCAUUCUUUUACAUAUCUCAAACCCUUGAACGCCAUUCUCUAACAGAGAGUCCGAGAUUAUCAUCAUUUCUUGUAUUUCUUCUCUCUGGAUUAGUAUGCUACGGAGUCAGUUGUAUAACCAAGUGGUUUCCUGGUGCAGACGGACGCUUCACGACACAUCGUCGUCAAGGCUCUCUACUUGAUGGUACACAUGAUGCUCGAAAGGGGCAGAACACACAUCUUCCUGGAAGGCCAAGAAGACUUUCCCUUCCGAUCCUUGUAUUAUGCAUUGUAUUGAGGCUGGAAAUAUUCCAUCGUGUCAAUUAUCAGCAACAAUGUGCAACCCCUGGCCUCGAGUCUUUUCUACCACUUCUCUUUUUCGCUUAUGAAAUCUUCACCUCUCGAAGAAAAUGGGGCUUUCCACCGCCAGAAGACCCUGAUGACCCCUGGCGUUCAUGCUUUGAUGACUUGGUCGACUGGUUCAGUGGCCCAAGAGUUAUGCUCACUAUGGCGGUGUCUAGUCUCGUGGUGUUUUCUACAGGCACAUACUACGCCACAAGCCGCAUAACACGCUCCACAUACUAUUGCUUUGAACUCCUCGAGAGCAAGCGGUCAACCCUUGCUUUGCAGUGUAUGGGACUUGUGCUUGAUGCCAUCAUCGUGAUUCUUCUUUGGCGCUUGCUCGCCUGGUCGCGCACAGCUAAGCUUCGUUUACGGACUUUGGGUACGGUCUUGACCCUCUCUUCGAUAUCGAUGAGCCUUGUGUGGGUGGGGAGCAGGCUUUUCAGGGGUUCGUCUGUGCUUCACGCUGGGUUUGGCUUUCUCUACGGAUUUGAUAUCAUCGUCGACAGUGUUGCCUUUGCAGCACUUAUGAUCUCAGCUACGUUCUGGGUCUGCGAGACAUCACCGCUUACACCAUCCGCUAUCAUCACCUUUCUGGUAGGAACAGCAAAGGCCUGCCAUAACAUCUUCAACUACGGAGACUACCUUCACCCUACACGCCUUCAUGAGAUCACGCCACUUUACUUCAUUGCUUUCGGCAUGAUCAUCUUUACAUACACUCAUGGUAUUCAAUCUGUCAUCUUCAUCAGAAGAUUCGUUCUCAUGGCUCUCCUCGUUGGCCUUGUUGUGGGCACUACUGUGUUCAUUGCCAAGUCGGAUCCGCAGACUUUCAAGCGUCAUCCUGUCAAUGACUUCAUUUACAGAGCCAAUAUCAGGCAAGACCGUUGGAUGCAGGAAGCGAGCACAAGUGGGAGUCUUCCUAUCGCUCACAAGAUCUAUAAGGAACGACAUGAAGGACGGGAUCCUCCCCCGGCAUUUCCAGAUUGGUAUGACCUGGCCAAAGAUACUGUUGUCAUUGAUAAAUUUGAUCAGAUCGACCAAGAUUUGGCCCCAUUCAGAGCCAUCCCACCCAACAAACUUCGACAACGAGCUUCCAUAUUGUCUCAGAUGCCUGGCAUCCAUACAAUCGGUAUCAAGGACGGUAAUGCAUCGAGGCUACCUGAAGUCACUGGUCAUGAUGCCGAGGUGCUGGACGGCCUCGUCGUAACCAUCAACAAGUUUGCUAAAUUUCUCCCUGACAUACUCUUUCCCGUUAAUUUGGGAAUUACACCACGGAUUCUUCCAUCAUGGGAGACGGCGAAUGGGCACAGCAGAGCUGACCUGACCCCAAUCGUCAAUCUGAUAUCGAAGAGGGCAGUCAAAGAAGAUGACGCAGAUCAAGUAAAGGAAGCCAGAUCUGCAGAGACUCCCGUGCCUGCCCCUUUGCCAGCGCUGCCAGAUUAUCCCCAAGACAGGGAGCCCUCCAUGAUAAGCCCAGCCAACUAUCGCCAGAUGCAGGUUGAAGCAUGCCCUCCUGGCUCACGAACUCGAACCAACCCGCACUGGAACAUUGGAGAGUUUUGCGCCGAGUGCGUACGAAGGCACUCAAAGGCGCAACUCAUGGUCAACUGGGAACGAUCACUCCAGUACUGCUUCCAGCCUGAUCUCAAGUACCUCCACGGCAUGUCUCUCUCAAGUCCUCAUGCGGAACCAAUCAGGGACCUUUUGCCAUUGUUUGGGUUCUCCAAGUCGGAGCCGUUCAAUGACAUCCUAAUACCUCUUCCACAGGAAGACGACGACAGAGCUGAUAUAGGCUGGAACUUUGACCGUCGCUACGACGCCAUGUUUUGGCGUGGUCAAACUGAUAAUGGCGUUAUUUCAGACCAGGCCUUGCGCGGCAAUCAUAAAUUCCGGCUCCUUCAUAUGUUGGGUAACCAAAAUCCCGAGGACAAGGUCUCGAUGGUUCUUCCAACGGCAAAAGACGCAUCAGUAUACCGACAUGAAAAGGUACCAAUUACGGAAGCGAAUCUUGUCCUUCCAUCGAGUGUCGGCAUGAACAAUUACACAGGCUGCAUAGGCCCCAAUUGUGAGCUUCUUCAUCAGACGUAUCCCAUCGUCAACGAAGCUCAGGACCAGGAACCCCUCGAAUACCGCUACAUCCUCCUCUUGGAUAAGGACCACGGGCCUUCACCCGACCUUCUCCGCGUGCUCCGCUCAAAGAGCGUACCUUUUAUCUCCACCAUCUUCCGUACGUGGUAUAGCGAUCGCCUGAUUCCCUGGCUGCAUUUCGUGCCCAUCGAUACGCGUUAUCAGGGUUUGCACACCACCCUGACAUACUUUACUGGUACACAGAAGAAAGCAUACCUCAACGGGCGCGAUACUGACAUGAAGGGGCUGGCCAAGGAUGGCGCCUGGAUUGCACAGCAGGGUGCCAAGUGGGCAAACCAAGCGUUAGGAGAAAAGGAUAAAGAAGUCUAUCUCUUCAGACUACUGCUUGAAUGGGGGAGAUUAGUUGAUGACAAACGUGAUGAGAUUGGGACAAGUAAGAAUGAUAAGGGCGAGCUUAAGAGCUCUCCAUGGACAAAGAAUCAGAAAUGGUGAUUAUAAUGGUUUGAAUGGUGGCAAGAAUCUCUAUCUCAUUUAAGCUAAUAACUUGUCGGCGUCUUCUUGUAUAUUUGUUCCAUUCCAUGGUUAUGAAGCAUCACUACCGGAGUAGCUAGAUGCAUGUCAUGUAGCAGGAUGCCAAUAUGAGGAGUAUACAUUUUCGAUCCUUGAAAUAUCGCACGAAACUGAACCACGUUGCUCAGGCUCACAAAGCGUACAACCCACUCAACAGCUUGAUUCAAGAAUACCGAAGAUCACAUGAGCGGUAUCCCAAAAGGAUGCCGAUCGACUUACAUUGUCACCAUGUAGUCUCCAUAAGUUCGCAAAAAGCCAGGGUUUUUGUCAUUGGAGGUCUCGAUGCGUGGGAGGCAGCACCCAUGAUGCACAUCGAAAAGUCUAUAGACUCCGUGCAUACUCAAAUACAGGCGGCAGCUGGGGUCUAUAGUAAGGCGUGAAGUAGGCGGCAGUUACACCGCGGUCAUUCCGCCACUGCGGAUGCCUACGAGAGGAGGUACCGGGACGGUCUUCUCGGCCUACGAUGAACCGAUAAGACGAAAGCUCUGUCCAAUCCCGCAUGGGUACGGGGCCCAGUCCGGCAAGUGCCUUUCGAUAUUCGGGAACCAGCACCGGAGACAAGUCCGGAGUCACUGCCUGACCUUCAACAGCUGUGCGGUAUGUAUGUAGCAGGAGAACCUGAGCCCAACAUGAGGUGAUCUGGAAAUAUGUCAAGCGUCGUGCUAAUGUGACGUGAAAUGAAGGUGAGAGCUCCGUCAGAUGCCAUGGGGUUUCAAAUGUGUCAGCUUCGUGAAUCUAACGUCCUCGACCCAAUUAAUCAGAAUCGAACUGGUGAAAUAAAGAGCAUUCGGAUUGUUUCUCCGUCGGUUGAAGACGCCUUGUAUCGGUGAAUCUAAUGUGUUUGGUGGAGAUCGCAACACCGAUUGGCCUAUUGUAAAGGACUUAGAGUCACGUCGGGGUCGGUUGCCCAUCCGUCAAAAAGGAACAUGGUGCCGAUGAAUCAACGAGUCCUUGCUCAAGCUUGGACCAACAACGAGAACUGAAAAGUGGAUCGGAUCUGAUGAUGUCUCGUGAAAAGAUCUCGGUGAAGACCCGGAGCCAGGUUCGACUGGGGUGAAAGGGAGUUUGAUGUGUGUCACAACACCCUCUUUGUUCCAAGAGGUGGCAUACACCACAUUGCAGGAAUACUGAGACAUAAAAUGAUUCAAGUCAUGAAUAUGGGAUCAUAUAUGGGCUUGCUAUGCUCAUAAGCAUAUGAGAGAAUGACCGACUUGAAGGCAGGCAGACAACUGACAAUGUGUGUGACCAUGUAGAGGUCUCAGUCACCGUCUUGUAACAAGGCUGCACAUCCACAACCGUUCUCAAGACAUCCGCAGUAACAUUGCAUCUAAGACUGUGCACUUACGAGGUGAGCGGCUUUGCUUCGUAGCAUUCGACUUAACCUCGGUGAAUCUGUUUGAACCUGCCCCAGAUGUUAGGCCCACAGGCUUCAGCAAGAAGAAAAGAAGAAAAGACUGGGCCCUUGCUUUGGUUUGUGAGCAUGGGGGCGGAGAAUUGACCCAGGACUUGGCCAGUAGGGACCCCUGAUAAUGAUAAUGGGCCCUUGGCAUCUAGGUCCCUUAGCUGCCGAUGAUUUCUCUUCACGAAUUCUGGGGUGAGGUGAGCCGAUCAAGCACCUGAAAGACAAAAUUUCUUUUCAUGUCGAAGUUGGGCGGAAUUCAGCCACUGCCGGUCCAAUCUAAUCGAGUCGAUUUGAUAAUUGUAAUGCCGUAAUAGAAUUUAUGCUUUCCGAAUUUUAGUGCAAGGCAGCUCUGUCGUGCAUGCCCCAAGGAACAGUCUGCCGUACAUAGAACAGGGUGCGUGGUUAAUACUUCAGGUGAUAACUAACAAUAAUUGGAGGGACGGGAUGACGGAUGAUGGACGGUCGGCCAUGUGCCUGGGGCUCUGCAGCAAAAAACUGACCGUUCACUAACAACCACCAUCAAACAACGUGCCUGGUUGACAAAUUGAGUUUGUGGUGCUUCUUCCCGAGUUCAAAGCCGAAUCACUUCGAUGUAGCGUGGGUACGGGCCACACAUCCUUCUCACCGAACCGGAACGGGGGUCGGCGGGCGGCGAAUGACAACACUCCGUGCAGUGCUAGUCUGAGUGGUUUCUUUCUCCUUGGAUGGCUUAAGAGCUGCUUCUGCAAUAUGGAGGCGCGCCUAUGGAACCACCAGUACUAAAGUGUAUGGAGACAAUUUGUGGGAGCCAAGCUCUAACUCGCAGUAGUGUGAGCGGUAGGUGCGUUGAGCUGGUCCAGGUGUAAGUGAUUAACCGCGGGUAAUGUAUCGAGCCUCAACGGCAUCCUACACUUGGCUUGUCUCGAUAGAAGAAAUAUGGUCAAGGGGGAAGUCGGUUCAAUACCACACGUCAUCUUAAGGCUGGGCCUUGUAUCAGCACAGAAGCAAGGUCGCAAGUCCAGCGCUGUUUACCAUCUCUGUCGAGCUUGAGAUAUUGAAAAGCUUGAUGUUGCGAGUGAGAGAGUUGGCAACAAUGUUUCCAACGUACAAAAAGACUUGUGUCAUCAGGAAACGAAUAAGAACCUAACGUAAGUAGGCUACGGCCAAUCGGUGGCGUCGAUUAAUUGGUUUGCUUUGGGACAAAAGAUAAUGACGGUACAAAAGGCCAAUUGAUGUUCUUCUCAACUACGUAGUGUUAUAACACUCAUGCAAGCAUAGCAUGUCUUAGCAUAGGUUGCAGCUGCCGACGAGGCUGGCCGCGACAACCCACCCGCCGGUGACGGAACCCGGUCACCUCAUGGGGGUGGAAACGCAGAAUGCAAACAUGAGACAUAUUGUCUAUGCUUGCAGUCGCGAAUUCAGAAUCCAAAGAGCCCACGAGAGCAUGAUCUUGAAACUGAGAAGGAGAGGGGAAAAAGAGAAUGUUGGGUAGCUUUUCGCUUCCGAUAAUGAAGAAGGCAACGACGUGAUGCGUCCCAGCUUGUGACGUUGAGAGCCAGGGGAGCUGUAUCGUCUGUGCUCGGUGUUGCACCUCCGGUCAAACAGAUGCUUUGGACAACGGGUCCUUGCACGGAUCUCUUCACAGGGUGCCAUAGGCAUGCCAUGCGACGCACAGGGUUUAGCCAUCCAUCAGUCCGUGGUACGGGUUACACGCAGACUGUCUGACCUUAAACUUGAACUGGGAGAUGGUUCCAUGAAGCAGAUGGAUCUCUGAACUUGAUCCCAGCAUAGCACAUUUUGAUCGAGUUCUUGCUUUGCUGGCUUAAGAUUGGCUGAUAGAUGCCUCCCCCAGUUCUGCCUCGAAGAAGAUGUGGGUGAUUGCUUCUUUGAGAUGUCCGGGGGGUAUGUUAGCGUGCAUAUGGACCAGUGCAUUGUAAUCGUUCAGUCUGGUCAGAUGAAGCUUGAUGUGGGCGGAUUUAUACAGACUCGAGUAUUGAACAUCGCAACCUCCUUCGUUCGAUCAAAGGCCCAAUGUUCGGAGUAAUUGACUAGAGCCCUGUUGAGCCGAUAUCGCCUCGUCUGACAUGUUGCUCGAUCUUGACAUGUCAAGUGCCAAUAGCCGAUGUGCGGUUGAAAUCGACAUAUUUGGGUACGGUUAAAGAAGAGAUUGGAUCACAUUUGAGGGGGAUUCAGUGGGGAGAUGAGAUGUACUGCCUCCGAAAAAGAAAGCAAUUCCGAGGAAAGUCCUUUACUGAUGUGAUGUUUGGAUUGGCAGGAACACCAGAAACCCACGUCGU